GAGUAAGCUCAAAUCCAUGAACACGCUGACUUCCAACACCCCCUUCACAAAUGAAGUCCUUAGUGUGUUAGGAAGCAAAGCUAGAGGAAAUGCUCAGGUAUGGGUUAUGAAUAAAGCUUAAGAAAAUUUUAUCAAAAUCAGUUGAAAAGGACUUCAUUGUAAGGAUCAGAGAUGAAUCAAACAAACAAACCGAUAAAAUCUUGAUCAAACCAGGGCAAGGAGAUUCACUAAAGAGAUAUAAGGCAGCAUCUUUGGUCAAGACUAAGCCUAUUAAGAAAGUAUUGAAUGAGAAAUUGAGCAGACAGCAAUCUAGAGAAAAGCACACCUCUUUUAUGCACACCAAAACUGCUCAGGAUUAUAGUCAUGGGAUUAGGAAAGAAAUUGAGGAUACGAGUGAUAAUCUGAACGUCACUGGAUUUAACCGCAUUGCAAAGGAUGAAAGUAAGGAUGAUAAAAUAGAUGACCAAAAGACUCUGAAGCAGAAAAUAUUAACCCAGAUUCAUAAAUCAAGACAACCUCGGGUCAAUACGAACCAAUACUCUAGUGAUGCACAUCAAAGUUUAAUAGCUAAUAAGGGAUCUUUGAUUUCGUCAAGGGAGAAUUUUAAAAAGGAAACAAAGUCUAGCUCCUUUACUCGAAACAACAACCCUUUCUCUCUAAUCGGGUCAAAGAAGCCAAUGACUCAGAAAGAAAACAUGCAGAUUAAGUUGAAUGGCAGAAACAUUAAGUUGUCCACAACUUUAACAAAAUAAGUCUCAUAUUUGUUCGAGGUUCAUAAAGAGAGGAAAUAAGCCAAUUAUGUGGUGUAGAGAGACCAACGAUAAUAAUAUAAAGUACCAUAAUAAGAAAAGACGCACUAAGAAUGGGACUCUCUGGGUUAGGAGGCCUAAAACUCCUCCCUCGUACAAUCUCUCAAACAAGGAUCUUCCGGAAAUGGAUCGGAAAGUAGAGAUAAUCAAGACAAAAAUCAAAGAAGAGUCUAAAAGGCAGAUCAUAAAGAAUACCAGAAGUCCCAAAUAAAGAGGAAGAAUUUAAGAAGGCUCUAUCCAAAAUUUCAAAGCCUGAAAUGAAAAUUUUAUCUAAAAAUAAACGCAUUGAUAUUGAGUUCUCAAAGCCUCUCUCUAAGCUAUACAUCUCCAAGAAUCUCAAAGUUGAGGUAUCCCCAUUAGUGUGAAAAGGACCAAAUGAGGUCAGAUCUGUUGCGUCUAAUAAAUGGAAGGAGAAAAUGGAUAAUUUCUACCAGAGGGUCAGAAAUAAUUAUAAUUCAUCCAAUUCUACUAAGUGCCAAAAGAGCAGGAAUCAAUAUAAGAAUUUCUUGACAGAAAAAAUCAAGAUUAAUAAGAUGGACCAAAAUUUAGCAUUCUGGGAUUUCCAAGAUCAUUUUGGGACAGGGAGAUCCCUCCUUGACUUGACUCCUUCAGAGCUAAAAUACUACAGAAUGGAGUAUGGUGAAAAUGCAGUAUCUCAAGGAUAUCUUUGUGCAAAGAUGAACAAAAGACAUAGUGUUAAAUCAACAGUCGACUCAAGAAGGCUCAAAAUGAUCAACACAGGAUUUAGCAAGGAAAUGUUUACCAAUAGUGCUUUGUCUAGAACUAGGAUAAACUUCAUUAAAAAUGAGGUUAAGACUAUUGAGUCUGCUCAUAGAUCCAACACUCUGUUGCCAAUAUCCCUAUACAAUUCAAAGAUGUUAGAAGGAUACAAGUUAAUUGACAAUGAGUUUGAAUUUAAAGGAAACUACUACCUCGAGAUUGAUCACUACGAUUCCUUGCUAGACCUUCUUUACUCUGUAGUUGAGCAACUUUGAGAAAAGAAAGAGGUCAAAGGAGUCAUGAAUAAUCUCAAAAUAUUCUACAGCUACAAUAAGAACAGCUUCAUCUGUCUGUUUGGACAAAAGCAUAAUAAAAUAUCUCCUUGUUGAAGAUUGCCAAUGUAUAUGACAUUUUCAGUGGUAUUUGGAUUAAGAAUGCAGUGAGUAGAUAAGUACUGCUCCAACAACCCAGUUUACAAGUCAACUUUUCAUGAAGAACAAGUAGCACAACUAAACACUAUUUCUCAAAUUUUCAUUGACCAAGAGAAUACUCAUAAGGAAGAAGAUCAAGAAGACCAGUGAAUUUCAAUUCUUUUAAAGGACUCUAAUUUACCAACCUCAGCAUUUUCGUUUACAAGAGGAAUGUCUCAAGAGACCAUUAAGAGCGAGCAGAAAGAUUAUCUGUCUCAGUAUGUGAGCAAGAAAGUUAAAGGUGGAGAGCAUAAGCAUUCUUCACUGAGAGAUAUCAACUACAUGUAA